UUUUUUAUCCCCCUUCUAAGACACAAGACCUCUCUUUUAUUGCUUAUUCCCCUACUCUUCUCAGCAAGAAGCCCUCCCUGUUGUUUAUUCUCCUGCCCUUCUCAGCAAGAAGCCCUCUUUUAUUGCUCUUCUCCAUUAUUAUUUCUGAGAUCAAUUCAGUCCAUUACCAUGGCAUCCACUUCUAGAGCUAGCACGAGCACGGAACCAUCUACUUCUGAGGAAUCUUUUCUCAGAUACAAUCCCCCGGCUCUUAAACUUGCCUUCCAAAAUGAUAAGAAGUAUCAUGUAUUUCUGAGUUUCAGGGGACCAGAUGUGAGAAAGACUUUUGUUGGCCAUUUGUUUGAAGCUCUCUCCUUUGCAGGACUAAACGUCUUCUUAGAUACUGAGAAAUUAGAAAAGGGGAAAAUCAUAGAUUUGAGCUUGGAAGCAGCAAUAGAGAGCAGUGCCAUACGCAUUCCUAUAUUUUCUAAAGGCUACGCAGAGUCAACUUGGUGUCUCAGAGAGGCUGCUGAAAUGUUGAGGACACCUGGCUUGAUCAUUCCUCUGUUUUAUGAUGUGGAUCCAACUCAUGUCAGAUAUCCUGAAAAGGGUUCCAGUCCCUAUUGCCCAUCGUUUGAAGAACAUCGCCGCAAGUCAUAUUACGAGAAGGAAGAGAUUGACCGGUGGAAUGAUGCCCUUAAUAAGAUUUGUUCUCGGUCAGGUUGGUCAAUGGAUAUAGCAGACGGCUUCGAAGCUCGACUAGUAAAGACAGUGGUGAAUGACCUCAUCAAUACAUUAGAUAGAGUGCUAUUACAAGUUGCCAAACAUCCAGUGGGAGUGGACAGCGUUAAGGAUGCCCUUAUUCAUAAAUUAAAUCUCGAUUCACUGAACCCUGUUAUUAAAAUUGGAAUAUGGGGCAUUGGUGGUAUUGGCAAGACCACAGUUGCCAAGGCCAUAUACAAUCAAGUUUAUACUAAAUUUGAGGCUACUUCCUUUGUAUCUAACAUCCGCACCACAGCUGCAGAGUCCGAAGGUCUUAUAAAACUGCAGAAAAUACUUCUCAAAGAUUUAGCCAAAUAUAAUUCAGAAGUGGACAGUGUUGACAAGGGCAAAUCUUUGAUUAGAGAGCAUUUGACCAGAAAACGUGUGCUGCUAAUUCUAGAUGAUGUGGAUUCUGUUAAACAAUUAAAUGCUCUGGUUGGGGAUUGGUUGGCCCAUGGUAGCAGAGUAAUUAUAACAUCUAGAGACAAACAUGUUAUCAAUGUUGCUGAGGUUUCAUCCGAAUGCAUCCACGAGAUGAGUGGUUUGGAAUUAAAAGGUGGUCUCGAGUUAUUUAGCUGGUAUGCUUUUCUUAGAGCACGUCCAAGUCCCAAGUACAAAGAUCUGUCCAAGAGAAUAGUAGAAGCUUGUAAAGGUCACCCACUUUCAUUGGAAGUGAUUGGGUCCUUCUUGUAUGAUAAGCAGGAUGAGACAGGUUGCUGGGAGGAAGCUGUUCACGACAUAACUCAAAAUUCAGAAAUUUAUGACACACUUUACAUUAGUUAUGAUGCCCUUAGUGAGGACGAAAAGGAAAUAUUCCUGGACAUUGCUUGCUUCUUUAUUGGAAAAGACAAAGCGUUGCCCAUUGUAUUCUGGAGCUCCCUGUACAAGAAGGUGCACACUGCUAUUUCUAAUCUUUCCAUGAGGUUAUUAAUAAAGAUUGAUGGCAGAGGAUUCUUUGAUAUGCAUGACCAUUUGCGAGAUAUGGGGCGGAACAUUGCUGAGAAAGAAAAAAAGGGUACCCGCAAAUGGGAGCCUAACGAUUCAAGCACUGUAUCCAAUGAUUUAUCUCGCCUUCAGCUCAUUGGAGGCAAUCCACGGAGGCUGGAAAUGCUUUAUACAGAAGGUCUUCGCUAUCUUCAUUUGCAAGAUAUGACCAUUCAAUGCACGACAAUGGAGACGCUGUUCUUGCCUCCCCAAAGUUUGAUAUGGCUAAGUUUGAAAAAUUGCUCCUUUGAAGUUAGUAUGGAAUUGGAUAGAGCAGUAAAGAAACCACGAUUCUCCAGGCAAUGUAUAACCGGUUGGUCUAGUUUGGAGCUUUCACUCUCUCCCCAAAUUUCACUUCCUAAGCUCUUUGAUAGCAAUAACAACCUGUCACAGCUGCGACUCCUGGUAUUGGAGGACUUGGUACGGUGUCACGACUUAAGUAGCCUCCCUGAUAGCAUUGGCAAACUAUCACAUCUGCAGCUCUUGAAGUUGCGAUACUGUCCGAACUUAAGCAGCCUCCCUGAUACCAUUGGUAACCUGUCCCAGCUUCAGAAAUUGGACUUGGGUAAAUGUUUUGGAUUACGCAGCCUCCCUGAUACCAUUGGUAACCUGUCCCAGCUUCAGAAAUUGGACUUGGGUUGGUUUAUGAGCAGCAGCCUCCCCGAUAGGAUUGGCAACCUAUCACAGCUGCAGAAAUUGGGCUUGUCAAUGUCUGAGAGCUUAAGCAGCCUCCCUGAUAGCAUUGGCAACCUAUCACAGCUGCAGGAGUUGGACUUGUCAGGUCGUGGCAGCUUAAGCAGCCUCCCUAAUAGCAUUGGCAACCUAUCACACCUGGCGAAGUUGGACUUGAAAGGUUGUAACAGCUUAAGCAGUCUCCCUGAUAGCAUUGGCAAGCUAUCACAGCUGUCGGAGUUGAACUUGCUACGUUGUAACAGCUUAAGCAGCCUCCCUGAUAGCAUUGGCAACUUGUCACAGCUGAAUAGAUUGCUGUACGAGUGUGUAAACUUAAGCAGCCUCCCUGACAGCAUUGGCAAGCUAUCACAGCUGCAGGAGUUGGACUUGUUAGGUUGUGGCAGCUUAAGCAGCCUCCCUAAUAGCAUUGGCAACCUAUCACAGCUGGCGAAGUUGGACUUGGAAGGUUGUAACAGCUUAAGCAGUCUCCCUGAUAGCAUUGGCAAGCUAUCACAGCUGUCGGAGUUGAACUUGCUAGGUUGUAACAGCUUAAGCAGCCUCCCUGAUAGCAUUGGCAACUUGUCACAGCUGAAUAGAUUGCUGUACAAGUGUGUAAACUUAAGCAGCCUCCCUGACAGCAUUGGCAAGCUAUCACAGCUGCAGUAUUUGAGCUUGGGAUGUUGUAACAGCUUAAGCAGCCUCCCUGAUAGCAUUGGCAACCUAUCACAGCUAGCGAAGUUGGACUUGGACUGUUGUAACAGCUUAAGCAGUCUCCCUGAUAGCAUUGGCAACCUAUCACAGCUGCAGAAGUUGGACUUGGACGGUUGUAACAGCUUAAGCAGUCUCCCUGAUAGCAUUGGCAACCUAUCACAGCUGCAGAAGUUGGACUUGUCCUUUUGUGACAGCUUAAGCAUACUCCCUGAUAGCAUUGGCAACCUAUCACAGUUGCAGGAGUUGGACUUGUUCGGUUGUGACAGCUUAAGCAUACUCCCUGAUAGCAUUGGCAACCUAUCACAGUUGCAGGGGUUGGACUUGACAAGUUGUAACAGCUUAAGCAUACUCCCUGAUAGCAUUGGCAACUUGUCACAGCUGAUUAGUUUGACACUGUGCGACUGUUAUAACUUAAGCAGCCUCCCUGACAGCAUUGGCAACCUAUCACAGCUGGAGGAGUUGGACUUGUUCCAUUGUAACAGCUUAAGCAUACUCCCUGAUAGCAUUGGCAACCUAUCACAGUUGCAGGGGUUGAACUUGAUAGGUUGUAACAGCUUAAGCAUACUCCCUGAUAGCAUUGGCAACUUGUCACAGCUGAUUAGUUUGAAACUGUGCCACUGUUAUAACUUAAGCAGCCUAGCCUCCCUGACAGCAUUGACAACCUUCUAUAGGUGCAGAACUUGUACUUGCAAGGGUGUGGGAGCUUAACCAGCCCUCUCUGAUAGCAUUGGCAACCAGCCACAGCUGCAGAACUAGGACGUGAGAUUAUGUAACAAUUUAGCAGCUUCUGAACUUCAGAUAGUGUGAAAGCUUAAUUAGCCUUCCGAAACCAUUGUCAACCUGACACAGCUGCAGCACUGAAACUUGAAUUGCUGUAUAGGCUUAAAUAACUUCCGGCAUCAUUGGCAAUCCGUCACAUUUGUAGUGCUUUGUCUUCAAAGAUGCUUUCUCACCUGUAGCAUUGAGGGAUUCUAAUUGGGACAUUUAUAGCCCUUUUAUAUGGGAGGUAAAUAUAGAUUUAUGUAUUUUUUACCUAUAAAAUUGAGCUCAGAGACAUCAAUUGAACAGGACGCGGAAUGCAAUGCAAAUCUCUGCUGAAUCUGCACCUUAACACGUCUUAUUAUUGAACGCCGAAUUAAAUUCUCUCAAGAUUU